AUGGACGGUCUCUUAAUUAACACUGAGGAUAUCUACACUGUCGCAAUCUCGAAACUGUUAGCGCAAUUUGACAAAGGGCCGUUAACAUGGGAUGUCAAGAUCCGACUACAGGGAUUGCCGGGACGUGAGGCCGCGCAAAAGCUAAUUGACCAUUAUGACUUGCCAUUAACAUGGGAAGAAGUCGAAAAGCGCAAUAUUGCAUUACAGGAUGGGCUAUGGAAAGACAGCGCAUUGCUUCCUGGAGUUGGCAAGCUGAUAAAUUACCUGAAGGCUAGGGACAUUCCAAUAGCAGUGUGCACUAGUUCCAGUCGCUUGAAAUUUGAGGGCAAGACAGCUCAUCUGCGGGAUGUUUUUGACAAGUUUGAUAUUGUAGUCACUGGAGAUGACGAACGGAUUCCCCAAGGAAGAGGUAAGCCUUUUCCCGACAUCUGGCAACUUGGGUUAAAGUUACUAAAUGACAACUUUGGUGCAUCUAUCUUACCUGCCGAGUGCUUGGUUUUCGAGGAUGGCAUCCCUGGUGUCGAAUCAGGGAAAGCAUUUGGGGCUUAUGUAGUCUGGGUCCCCCACCCAGAAUCCCUGUCAGUGACGGGCGACACGAGCGCUGUAAUUUCGGGUAAAGGUGAGAUGCUACGGUCCUUAGAGCAUUUUAAGCCCGCUGAAUUCGGUCUCUGA